AUGAGGGGCUACCCCUCUCUGCUGCUGUUAUACCUGGGACUGACCACCUGUCUGGACACCUCUCCCAGUGGAGAUCAAAACCAAGCUCCAGAAGUCUUCCUGGACUCCCCAAAGGCCCAGAACUUCCUGGGCAGCCGCCACCGGAUUCCACGCGCCAACCACUGGGACCUGGAGUUGCUGACCCCCGGGAACCUGGAGCGGGAGUGCCAGGAGGAGCGGUGCUCCUGGGAGGAGGCGAGGGAGGUCUUUGAGGACAACACCCAGACGGAGCGCUUUUGGGAAACCUAUAUCUACAAUGGCAAAGGAGGUCGUGGACGAGUGGACAUCGCAGGUCUGGCUGUGGGGCUGACGUCCGGCAUACUGCUCAUCGUACUAGCUGGUCUGGGAGCCUUUUGGUAUCUGCACUACCGACGGGGUCGAGGCCAGCCAGCUAGUCCCCAAGAGACUGACCUUAUCAGUCCCCUGGACCCCCCGAGCUCUCUGGGCCCACCAACACCCUUGCCGCCACCCCCAGGCCUCCCAACCUAUGAGCAGGCUCUGGAGGCCUCUGGGGUGCACGACGCACCUCCACCCCCUUACACCAGCCUCAGGAGGCCCCCUCAGUGA